AGCUAAAGCAACUCCUGGCGCACAUAUAUCGAUCAUUUCUUACUGUGGUGUCUUGGGCGUGCGCACAGACAGGAAGCGACCAAAGCGUCGUCUCUAGUCCUAGGAUAUUUUUUACUGGUUAGUGUGAUUCCAGCUGGUCUAUCGCGAGGCUUAAAGCGUCGCUCGCGCCUUCGCACGACCAGGGUUUACGCCUACUGUUAGUGAGGACUGCUAAGCAAUAUAGCAUGGACAAAGCCAGCGAGAGCUCGCGCGGAGUUCUUCUCGCGCUUUUCGUAUCGCUUAUCCUUUAGCGUGCUCGUAGAAUCAACGUUGAGCAGUAGGCAUUAGAAAAGCAUUCCUGCUAUAGGAUGAGCGUCUAGUGGCGCUAGUAACUGCCGUAGAAGUUGUCUCCGAUGUUCACGGGCGUACAAACAUAAGUCGGCUCACUGGCUGCCUGGCGUCGAUCUUUGUAGACUCUGUACUUUCCACGCAGCUUCCAAUUUUCUCCCUCUCUCUCUUUCAUCGUUGUCAGCGGUGACGCCCCGGUUGAUGGAGCCAGCCGUUACUUUCCCGUUGGCUCAUUUGCUGCUGUGUUGUGUCUCUCGGUCCAAUAGACUCGAACGAGUGCCGUUCCACCUCGCCCAACGCCAGACUUAGACAGUGCCCUGAAGCGUUACUGAGCGUUGUCUAAAUAGAAGCGCGCUAUAAUCAAGUUGCUGAACAGCGUGGUGGCAGCGCCGGAAACGACAGAGACGGUGCAAAUAGCAAAUGGCAAUAGCAUCAACAGUAGUUGUUGUUGGCUAAAGCUUAUUAAAAGGCUAAAUACCGUUUCUCUACGAUAACGCCACGAUGGCUGGCUGUGGCUCUCGGUAAAGUCACUGCCUUCCUAUUACUGCUAUUUGUCAUACGAACCGUGUACGCCACCAUAAAUCUAAUGAGGACCCGUCGUUCCAUAUAUUGUAGUAGUGCGGUAUUCCAUACAUUGCAAUAGUGCGAUUCUUUUAAUUCCAGUUGUUGGCCUGGGAUCAGGUCGCUCUGGUAGCAAACAAGGACAUAUGGUCAUGUUUUGGUAUUGACAGCGGUGAAGUCUAUUCGGAUCCCACAAUCAUGGCUUUGAUAAUAGGCGCAUCGGUGCUCAGAUCGUCAGCACAACAUCAACGGAAACAACAAUAACAACAGAAGCGACAGCUAUACCAUUAAGGCUAAUGAAGCAGCAGAAGCGGCAGCAGUACCGACAAAGAGACCUUACCAGCAAAAUGUCAACUCAAAUCUUGUAUUCAGCGGCACAAAUGAAUAAAACUUAGUACAACAGUACAGAACAGCGCGGGGAAAGCUUUCUGCUUGAUCCUUUCAGCCCUCGUGGCUUGUUUCUUCGAUAGAUCGAGUUGCGGCUCUCAUUCGACUGGCAGAAGAAUCAACGGCAGUAGCGGCGGCACCACUUUCCUUUACUUGGAACUACCAACAAGAUUCUAUUGCAGAUUAGUUUACCGUAGACGUGCUGUGUUUUGUCAACAUUGUGGCAACAACAAGGAAAGCUGCUAGGCAGUAAUCGUAGUGAUAGUGGUGAUCAUUGCGUUUGUUGAUCGUCCUGUUGCUGUCUACAUUUUGGAAGUUAUUGUCUCGUUGCAUAGUCAGCGCUUAAUUAUACACGUAAUGUUAAAAAUCUAAUGACUCUGUCUCUGGCCGUGGAUCUUCACUGUGUUUAAACCACGAAAGUUUGUGGGCAUCAAUAGUUGUGUGAGUGAACGAAUCAGGAAAUCAAUACGAAAGAUGACUCGGAAUCAUAAAGGAAGCAUCAUGUCAAUUGAACCUGGAUGCCGCUUUCAGCCUAUUCACUCCAGAGCCCGUUCAGCGUCCGUCUGCGUCGAUGACUACUACAUGGAUUCCCGAGAAGACCGCUCGUCGUUUGUUUGCUCGAAACCGGGUUUCGUUUGUUUGGUGGCCGUCUUGUUUACGGUGUCCUUUAUUUCGUUAGCAUUUUUCCUCGAAACCGGGAUGCCCUGGCGAGAAGAUCAACAGAACAGUCCCUUCUCAUCCAAUCAGGUGGCAAAUGCCAGUUUCAGGACUCACAAUUCGAUCCAGGGUAAAGAUAGCUCUAAAUUAAUUACCAGUGAUGCUGCCAAUAUCACUGAUGCCAGAAGUAAGGGAGGCGGAUCGGGGGACGUCGAUACAAGCAAGAGCGAAUCUAGUGAUGAGUUGUUCGCUAAGCCCGCGCAGGAGCAGUUGCAGGAGGUAGUGGCCGUCCGCGAGCCUCCAAAGCGUCCUACGGUAAUCAAGUCCAAACCAUUGACUAACAGUUCUUCCGGAACUUCUACGCUUCGGCCUCUUUCUCCAUCAGAGCUUAAUGAUGAAAGUGAUGUUAUGUACAUUUUCGCACCAUUUGACGAUUCUCGCCACAGUCAAAGUCGGGUGGUACGUGGUCUCAUGGAUACGCAAGGUUACGGAAGGGGGUGUACCAAAGAGUUCACCUUUCAUGACCUCAUCGAAUUUAUGCAGAUACCGUCGUCAUCAGAGAGUGACGAAGAAAACAACUUCAAAUGCGCUGAUCUGAGUGAGCAGGCUUUCGAGGAAAUGGCGGCAGGCUUUAAGAAAAGGAUGCUCCGGAACUCAAAAUAUCUCUUCCUUGUACGAGACCCUCGUUCGUUAAUAUAUACUUCAUUCGAUCGGCAUAGUGAAAAUCUUGCCACUUGUAUCAAAAAUGAUUCACAUCGAUGUUUGUACGACGAAGAAAUUCUCGGGGAAGCGCAAGUUACGAUGGAGAAUUGGAACGCUCGAACCCAAAAGAUGAUCGAACUAUGCCACAAGCUGGGAGCUCAAACUUGCCAACUUCUUUUAGCAGAACGUAUUGCUUUAAAGCUACUAGAUACGCUCGAGUCGCUCGCCAAGUUCCUUGUCAUGGACUUCGAGAAGGACACGUUCCGUGUGCUCAACAAAAUGGUGCAGAAAGUCGACGAGGGAACUGUUAUCCCCAGAACAGAAAAAGAAACAUUGAUGGUCGCCUUUCUAGAGUUGCUCCUCAAGGACACCUCUGGUAGUUGGCCGUGGGCAGACAGAUUGCCCUACAACGUCUUUGAACAUAUGCCUAGCUGGGCCCCUCUAAUGGGAAAACUCGGUUAUGGUUACAGUGCACGCGUUCCUACGCUCGAAAAAGAUAUCGUUCUAGAAGAUCUGCUUAGGAAAAACUAGAACUCAACUAAAACUGGAAGCGACUUCGACUGCCUGACUUCAUCGCACCGAAAGCCACUGCCAAAGCAUAUAAAGGAUUUCGAGCACUGAGCCGUAGCUCCGCAACAACCCCAUUUUUAUCAGGUUGAUUUUACAUUAUCCUUUACGUUCGAGCGCAAAUUAAUUCCGCGUAUACCAUCAUAAAAGGCAUAAUAUUUUUAAGCAUCUGCCAGUAAUCAUUGGGCGCGGUUACGUAGCCAUUACGUACUAUUCCUCGUACAUACCCUGCUGUGAACAUCGAAUACAUAAGUAAUGCUCUUGGUAACAGGUCUUUCGCCUCUGUUAAAGUUGUUGCUCUAAUUCUUUCUGGAAGAUAACAAACACUAUCGAUUCUCUGUCCCCUGCGAAUGCAAAACUGGCGUGACUUGAUAAAUUUUGGAGUCAGUGGAUUUUUGGUGCCCUAGAGCUCGUCUACAUUUUUCUGUACAUAUAAAGGCCGCAAGAACAAUUCAGGCCUGUAAAGAAAAAAAAAGCGCAUGCAAAAAACCUUCAAGUGUUUGAGAUUUGCACGACGCAGUAUUAGUCGUUGUCGAACAUCGGCGCUUUCCUAAUUAAGGGUCACACGUACAAAUGUGUUCGUCGCUCUCCGCCUGAUUGAUGCUCAACGUAUCAUAAUGGGAUAAAAAGGCUUACGGUCUUAUCCUUCAAUGAUUUCCACGUCUACGAUUCGAGUACUAUUGCGACGACCUUGUGGCUUAAACAUGUACGCAGCCUCUAUAAGGUGACCUGGGUGCACUGCAAGCGGGUCAUCUUACAGAAGAUACCUAGGCUUGGUGAACUGCGUACAAAGACACUUUUACCGUAACCUACAUUGUUUUACGGGUCUGUGGAAUAUGCGCCCAUAAUGCUUUUUAAACCCAGGACUUAUCAAUUCUGUAUGUUGUCUAUCGUCAUAAUUGUUUUUUUAAUUUUCUUCUGAAUAACUAUUACGAAUAAGAAUAAUUAUUAUUGUGCAUCUUUUUAUAUUGAAAUACCUACUAUAAACAAAACAUGAUAAAAAGGCUUGCGGAUUUUAUCCGAGUCGUAAGAGAUUGCUGCCAGCAAAAACACUUUUAGGUAAGCCCCUAUUAAAUACGUAAUCUAGUGUAUAUGGCUCUGUAUAUAGAUUUUACGUACAAUAAUAAAAUCAUCAUGUCGGUUUUCUGAAUCUAA